AAUAUCUAUGCAAUUGUAAUCGUCGUUCUUCUUUUGAGUUUCACAAUCAAGAAUGUAAAAGACGUUUAAGCGAGCUAGAUUUCAGCAACCAAAAUCUAGUUGGCGACUUAGAUUUAACCGAUUUUUAUAACUUGAGAGAAGUAAAUAUUUCAGGUAAUCUCCAAUUGGGAAAGUUAAAAACCUAUGAAGAGGGUGGUUUUUCAUUGGCCAUUUUUAAAAUUAAUGCUCAAGAUUGGUUGAACUGA